GAAAUUAUUUUUUCCCCUAAUGUAAACAUUUGAACAUGGACUAAAUGACUCUAUAUUCUUUUAAAGAAUUUGGAUUACAAGGCAUUCUUAGAAAUUAUUUUUCUGACCACCAUACACUUAGACUGUUUGAGAUAAAUUCCCAUCGUCAUACUCCCAGUUGCUUCUUUCAGUCUCUGACAGCUGCCUUGGGCCAGCUUUCUCGUUUGGCUUUUCUGAAUUCCUGUUGGAUGGGGUGGGGGCUAUAUUUAGAAGAGGGGGAUUAAAUUGCAGGGGCUUGAGUGGGCUCUCGAAGUUGCUCAGCCUUUUCCAGCUGGAACCGCAUGUCGAGAAGACCUCUGGCCUCCACCUCACCUCCACUGGACACAUUAUCUAAAGAAUGGAUCAGAAAAGCCUGAAGGAAGACCUGCGCAUGUUCCAGAGCACCCUGCUUCAGGAUGGCCUCAAGGACCUCUUACAUGAGAACAGAUUGGUGGACUGCAUACUCAAGGUGGGGGACCGCAGCUUUCCCUGCCAUAGGCUGAUCAUGGCUGCAUGCAGUCCAUACUUCCGAGAUCUUUUCUCCUCUGAGGACGGCCAGCAAGUGGAAAGCAGCAAGGAAGUGGUCCUUGAGGAUGUAGAUGCUACAGCCAUGGACACAGUUGUUAAUUACCUCUAUUCGGCAGAAAUGGAUCUCACAGAUGAGAACGUACAGGACAUUUUUGCUGUGGCAAACCGCUUCCAGAUCCCCUCAGUUUUCACAGCCUGUGUGAACUACCUACAGAGGAAGCUAUCCUUGGCUAACUGCCUAGCAAUUUUCAGACUGGGACUGGUCACCAGCUGCCCUCGACUGGCAAUGGCUGCACGAGACUACAUUGCUGACCGUUUCGAGAUUGUUACUAAGAGCGACGAAUUCCUUGAGCUGGCUCCCCAUGAACUCUUUGUCAUUAUUGGUGGAGAUGUCCUCAAUGUCGAAAAAGAAGAAGUGGUGUUUGAGUCACUCAUGAAGUGGGUUAGAAGCAACAAAGAGAAGAGAGUCAAGACCCUGGGCGAUGCCUUUGAAUAUAUCCGUUUCCGUCUCCUGCCAGAGAAAUACUUCAAGGAGAAGGUAGAGAAGGAUGACAUUAUUAAAGCAGACUCUGAGCUCAUGAAGAAAGUUCAGAUCAUUAAAGAUGCCUUUGCCGGGAAACUUCCUGAGAAGGAGAAAAAGAAGGUAGACUCUACAGAGGGGGUGGUAAAUGGGGAAGCAGAACAGGAGGAAGGCAAGUUGCCUGGUUAUCUAAAUAAUAACCGCAGACUUGGUAUGUAUGCCCGGGACCUGAUCCUAAUGAUCAAUGAUACGGCAGCCGUGGCCUACGACCCCAAUGAGAAUGAGUGCUUCCUAGCUGCCAUGGCAGAGCAGAUCCCACGCAACCAUGUCAGCGUAACGACCAAGGACAACCAGCUCUACAUCCUUGGGGGCUUGUUUGUGGAUGAGGAGAACAAGGAUGUCCCUUUACAGUGCUACUUCUACCAGAUGGACAACAUAACAGCUGAAUGGAUUGCUCUCCCUGCAAUGCCGUCACCCCGAUGUCUUUUUGGGAUGGGAGAAUGUGGAAAGCUACUCUUUGCUGUGGCAGGAAGAGACCUGCAAACCAAUGAGUCCAUUGAUUCCGUGAUGUGUUAUGACAUAGAGAAAAUGAAGUGGAACGAGACGAAAAAACUGCCACUUCGGAUUCACGGCCAUGCUGUGGUGUCCCAGAAUGACCUGGUGUACUGCAUCGGAGGCAAGACAGAUGAUGACAAAUCCAUCAACAAGAUGUUUGCAUACAACCAUAAAAAAUCUGAAUGGAGGGAGCUGGCUUCCAUGAAAACCGCAAGAUCAAUGUUUGGAGCUGUGAUACAUAAAGGAAAAAUCGUGGUGACAGGUGGAGUUAACGAAGAUGGUCUUACAGCUGCAUCAGAAGUCUACGACUUUGGAACCAACAAGUGGGAGCCUUUCACAGAGUUUCCUCAGGAGAGGAGUUCUAUCAGUCUGGUUAGCAGCGGUGGGAACCUCUAUGCAGUUGGCGGCUACACCAUGGUCCAGACGGAGGAUAAAGAAUGCGUUCCCACUGAAGUAACUGAUGUCUGGCAGUACGAAGAGGACAAGAAGCAGUGGAGCGGGAUGCUCCGGGAGAUGCGCUAUGCCUCUGGUUCAUCUUGUGUCUCAAUGCGCCUGAACGUGGCUAAGAUGCCACAGCUGUAACCAUAGCGACACACUCUUGGAGUCACCACCGACGACACAAUGCCUUCUCAGCGCUAGUACUGAAUUGCUUGUCGUUUUCAGAUUUUAGCAUACUAAAAUAUAAUUUAUCAAUCUAUAACUGUAAUUUUAAACAACUGAUAGGAUUGCGAGCGAUCUUUGCAUUUUACAAUACCUAUUCUGUGACUCACAGUGGAUUUAAGACUCAGUAAACUAACUCCCCUCAAUAAACUGUCAUCCACAUACUAAGACAUUGUCAUUAGGGAAAAGUUGUCUUGCUCCGAAUAUGUGCUUGUUUCUUUUUCUGGUUAAGCAUUUGUAACAAGUCAACUCUUUUUAUGUAUGUCCUAUCAUAAAAUUUUUGUAUUUUAAUAAUUUUUAAUUUAUUUACUUUUAUACUCAUAACAAUGAUGCAAAAUAUUAGGGUUACUUCCCUACAUACACUAUUAUAGAGUAUGGCCUAUAGGAAUAAUUUAAGUAUUCAUUCUUGCUACUGCUGAUAACAGAAAAGUGGAACAAGAUGCAGUACAUUAUUUCAUACCCAUUUACCUGUAGUUUAGGGCAACCAAGCAUUGACACAAAUUAUAGUACAACAGCAAAAGCUAUGCUCUUUCUCUGAAAAUUCUGUAAUGGUGCACUAAAACAGUGUACACGUCUACCGUGAUCAUAUUUAUUUUUGGGGCAAUUCUACCUUAUUCUGCACUUGCGUUUUUUCUUAUGUAACUAACAGAUACUGCCCAGAGCAAAUUGUUCUCAGAUGGCCCACAGCUUGCUGUUGUUCACUGACACAUCUAGAACAAAUUCUCCACAUCAGCUGAAGCUUAACUGCUCCACUCCCUCAAUAGGGUUAUCACAGCCGUAAUUGAGCAAUUCGAGAAGAUUGCACAGUGGAUACCAGAAAUUGUGUGCCGAUUAUGUGAAUGGGAGUAUGAACUGAGAGACAGUAGAGAGAGAGGCUAUAAGCUGUAUUAAAAGUGAUAAAGAUGUCUGAAUGGUUCUGAUUCCUUCUAUAGUGAGUCAUGAAUCAAAUAAUGGGAAAAGAAGAACCACUUCAGCUAUAAUUCCAAGUAGCCUAUGUAAAACUCACAAAGUUAAUUUGGGCAAAAAUAACAUUUUUGAAUUAUUUUAUAGUGAAGUCUAAAUUAUCUAAUGCGAAAAGAGUACUCACUCCCAGUAUACUUCAAAGUAACCUAUGUAAAGAUGACAAAAUUAAUUUAAGGAAAAAUGAGAUAAAGUUACAGUAGUACAUGAUUCCCAAUAUAAGGUGAAGUGUAUCUGUUUUGUAACUGUAGAGUAAGCAG